AUGUCACAAGUCAAGUUCGAAGCAAAGGAGACGAUCCGCACAACGCUUGACGCUGCAAAGGGAGGGAAGGAGGGCUUCGUGCGGGAUAUUGGAAAUGCUCUCACCAAGGGCGGCUCGCCUGACGGCUACCUCGCAUGGUACCUGAAGAAGCUCCAAGAUGAUCCCGUUCGCACCAAGAUGCUCACUUCUGGCUCGCUCGCGGGUCUCCAGGAGUUCCUCGCAUCGUGGAUCGCCAAGGAUCGCAGCAAGCAUGGCCACUACUUCACCAGCCGUGUGCCCAAGAUGGCCGUUUAUGGCGCCUUCAUCAGCGCUCCUCUUGGCCAUGUCAUGAUCUCAAUCCUGCAGAAGCUGUUCGCCGGACGGACGAGCUUGAAGUCCAAGAUCAUGCAGAUCCUCCUCUCCAACCUUAUCAUCUCGCCCAUCCAGAAUGCCGUCUACUYGACCUCGAUGGCCGUCAUUGCCGGGGCUCGUACGUUCCACCAGAUCCGCGCCACCGUGCGUGCUGGCUUCAUGCCAGUCAUGAAAGUCAGCUGGGUCACUUCUCCAAUCGCCCUCGCAUUUGCCCAAGCCUUCCUCCCAAACGAGGUCUGGGUGCCAUUCUUCAACUUUGUGGGAUUUGUGAUUGGAACUUACAUCAACGCGCAUACUAAGAAGAAGAGACUGCAAGCUCUGCGAAGAAAGUACGCGGACAACCGCACCUCAGAUGGCAGGAGCGAAUACGACCGUCGUCAAGGUCCUCCCGGCGGCUAUUGA